ACCCUACUAGUUUUCUGUAUUUUCCAAUUAAUGAAUCAUGUGUAGUAAUUUAUUUGGUGAACAUUAAAUUUACUUGCCCGAAUAAUGUUCGUUAAAUCCCAACACGCAUUUAAUUAUACCGAUGAUAAGUGAAGUACCUAGGUACGCGGAGUUGUGUAACUGUUUAUCUCCUUGACAAUAAUCAGUAAUCACUUUUACUCCGUAAGUGUUAAGCAUUCCGAUAGUAUGUGUGCAAAUAGCGAGAUAGGAGGUUGCUCGUGUGUUGUGUUUGUGUUUGUGGAUGAACAAUAGAUAAUGGCUUUAAAUCCGGACGCUUGUGGUGUGAUUGACCCGAGCAUUCCACAGUGGAAGAGAGAGUUGAUAAUACGGAGACGAGCUCUCGGACGGACGCUUCAAGUCGGCAGUAGUUCCGUUAAACUCACUUGCCCCGCGGUCGUCGCCGCUGUUCGUCAACCCGAGUCGUGUAGUGGUAGUGAAAAUAUUCCUUCUACAAAUAGUCCGAAAUGUUCGCCUACAGCUGAGGAUUCGUUGUUUAGUUCACUCAACCAAAACCGUGUGGACUUUCACCAAGGGCCAUCCUCCCCUGGUUCAGUCAGUAACAUGCGGCUGUUGGAUGCGUGCAGUGAGGUGGAUAACCUAGUGAUAAAUAAUGGCAUAGAUGUGAAAAGUAAACAAAGUGGAGUUGUGACCAACAAUAGUGAUACUAGUGUAAGCUACAGUCUAAUCAUGGGGGAGGAUAAAUCACUCAACCUCAAAAAGAAAAAUUCUCCAAAAUCCAAACAUGAGACAAUCAACUGUGUUUCAUCCAGGCAAAGGAUUUUUAUUGAGAAGGUGCAGAGUGAAGGAACUAAUGGGAAAUCGAAUAAGGAAGAGGACUGCCUUUCUGAUUCCAGCGAAGAACUUCAGUAUGGACCAGGUAUUGUGAACAAAUUAAAAACUAAAUAUCUAAGUAUGACACUUCGGGAGCAAAAAAAACACACUCGACCAUCAUUAUCAAAUUUAAGGAGAGCUACGAGCCUUGAAAAUAUGCUAGAUGGUGAUGACAAUUUAAACGAACAAACUAAAAUGGGGGCUGAUGUUAAGGUAAAAACUGGAAAUGUGAAUAGUAUUGAUAAAUCUACUUUAAUGGGGAAAACUGUAGGGUUGAACUCUAACUGUGGGUUACGAUCUCUUGGUAAUCAUAGAAUUGAAACAAUGAAAAGAGCUCAAUCAAUGGAUACUUUGUUGAAAUCUGAAAUACGGGGAACAAUUAAGCCUAUUGUCAAUGAAAAUAUCAUUAUAGUUGAGAAAGAAAAUAUAGGAAUAAAUCCCUCUUCAGAUUCUUCAUCUCGGACCAAAAGUAAUGUUAGGCCUAAUACAGAGCUUCCUCCACCUGAUGUUGUAAAACAAACUUUGAAAAUAUUUGAAACCUCGCCUAAAAAAAAGGUUAAACCUGCAGGUCAGGGCAACUUGGCUAAGCUCGUCGCAGGUUUUUCAAAUCCAGCUAGUCAACCUGUUUCAUCACUUGGUAAUCGAUCAAUAAUUGACAGAAGAAAGGUCAACCAAAAUAAUAAACCUACUCUUUCACCCAAACCUAUUCUUAGCCCUGAAAAGUUAAGACGCACAAAAAUAGGAUCUCCAAAAAGAAAUCAACCUUCAGCUACUGGUACUGUGUCGUCAGCAAGCAGAACGCCACCUUUAUCAACUUCCAACAAGCCUGCGGGAAUAAACAAUGAAAGGGUUAAGCUACAAUUAGUACAGAAUGAACAAAGUGUUGCUGAGAGAACGACUGCGACAUCACCAAAAGUUUUAAGCCCUAGAAGUAAAUCUCCAACAGUCACUGUUUUAACCGACAACGAUCAUCCAUCUUUAGCCUCACAACCUGAGAAAGUCCACUCGCAAAGUUUACUUUCAAAUGGUGAAAAGGAAGUUUCUUCUGUCCACUCUGAUGAGUUAGAAGAAAUCGAUAGUCACAGUGAAUCAUGUAAACCAGUUCCAGAAACAGCUUUAGAAAAUAUUAGACGUGGUGGAGUGUCGAUGCAGUUCAGCUUUAGUAGUGAAAAUUCUCCAGUUCCAUCAAAUAAAUCUUACCUACCAAGACCUAAAAGCCCACCACAAGCUCUAAAUACGUCCUUAUUGAAAGGAAAACUUGAAAACUCUCCACCACCUACAGGUUUCGUCCCGCCUAGACAACAAGGUUCGCCACAAAUCAAACAAGUCGGAAUAAUUAGACCUCUUGUCUCAACUAAAAUACAGUCUAAUGUGUCUUCAACACCUGCCUUAACUGAACAAGAAAUCGAGAAGAACCUGAUAAACCGUGUUAAGUCAAUCGAACAACCUGUUAGCAAAGUAGUCGUUGCGAUCAAAGCGCUCCCCGACAGUGUCGUGUUAGGGUCUGUGUCUGCGGAUGUGACAAAUAAAAGUGGCUGUGCUAAUUCCAAAGUUAAAUCUCAAGGACUGUGGGAUGAAAAAGUGUGGCACGCAAACCAAAAUACUAUUGUGUUCAACUUCAGUAAUCGUAAGGAGGUUCCAGACUACAUCGAAAAUGAUGGGCUGAUUCUAAAAGGGAAAAGAGAUCGCCCAAGGCCAGGUGACGGAGGGUUCAUACUCCUGGACGAGAGCUCAGACCCUGACGAGACCUGCACUGAGGCCGAGGAUCUGCUGACGUCAUUACCUCCUUCCCCUUGUGACGUCACUACAUGUACUCCAGGUGACGGAGGGUUAAUACUCCUGGACGACAGCACAGACCCUGACGAGACCUGCACUGAGGCCGAGGAUCUGCUGACGUCAUUACCUCCUUCCCCUUGCGACGUCACUACAUGUACUCCAGGUGACGGAGGGUUCAUCCUCUUGGACGACAGCGCAGACCCUGACGAGACCUGCACUGAGGCCGAGGUUCUGCUGACGUCAUUACCUCCUUCCCCUUGUGACGUCACUACAUGUACUCCAGGUGACGGAGGGUUCAUCCUCUUGGACGACAGCGCACACCCUGACGAGACCUGCACUGAGGCCGAGGUUCUGCUGACGUCAUUACCUCCUUCCCCUUGUGACGUCACUACAUGUGACGGAGGGUUCAUCCUCCUGGACGACAGCUCAGACCCUGACGAGACCUUCACUGAGGCCGAGGAUCUGCUGACGUCAUUACCUCCUUCCCCUUAUAACGUCACUACAUGUGACGGAUGGUUCAUCCUCUUGGACGACAGCACAGACCCUGACGAGACCUGCACUGAGGCCGAGGAUCUGCUGACGUCAUUACCUCCUUCCCCUUGUGACGUCACUACAUGUGACGGAGGGUUCAUACUCCUGGACGACAGCACAGACCCUGACGAGACCUGCACUGAGGCCGAGGAUCUACUGACGUCAUUACCUCCUUCCCAUUGUGACGUCACUACAUGUACUCCAGGUGACGGAGGGUUCAUCCUCUUGGACGACAGCGCAGACCCUGACGAGACCUGCACUGAGGCCGAGCCAGGUGACGGAGGGUUCAUACUCCUGGACGACAGCGCAGACCCUGACGAGACCUGCACUGAGGCCGAGGAUCUGCUGACGUCAUUACCUCCUUCCCCUUGCGACGUCACUACAUGUACUACAGGUGACGGAGGGUUCAUACUCCUGGACGACAGCACAGACCCUGACGAGACCUGCACUGAGGCCGAUGAUCUGCUGACGUCAUUACCUCCUUCCCCUUGCGACGUCACUACAUGUACUCCAGGUGACGGAGGGUUCAUCCUCUUGGACGACAGCGCAGACCCUGACGAGACCUGCACUGAGGCCGAGGUUCUGCUGACGUCAUUACCUCCUUCCCCUUGUGACGUCACUACAUGUACUCCAGGUGACGGAGGGUUCAUCCUCCUGGACGACAGCUCAGACCCUGACGAGACCUUCACUGAGGCCGAGGAUCUGCUGACGUCAUUACCUCCUUCCCCUUAUAACGUCACUACAUGUACUCCAGGUGACGGAGGGUUCAUCCUCUUGGACGACAGCACAGACCCUGACGAGACCUGCACUGAGGCCGAGGAUCUGCUGACGUCAUUACCUCCUUCCCCUUGUGACGUCACUACAUGUACUCCAGGUGACGGUGGGUUCAUACUCCUGGACGACAGCUCAGACCCUGACGAGACCUGCACUGAGGCCGAGGAUCUGCUGACGUCAUUACCUCCUUCCCCUUGUGACGUCAUUACAUGUACUCCAGGUGACGGAGGGUUCAUCCUCCUGGACGACAGCUCAGACCCUGACGAGACCUGCACUGAGGCCGAGGAUCUGCUGACGUCAUUACCUCCUUCCCCUUGUGACGUCAUUACAUGUACUCCAGGUGACGGAGGGUUCAUACUCCUGGACGACAGCACAGACCCUGACGAGACCUGCACUGAGGCCGAGGAUCUACUGACGUCAUUACCUCCUUCCCAUUGUGACGUCACUACAUGUACUCCAGGUGACGGAGGGUUCAUCCUCCUGGACGACAGCACAGACCCUGACGAGACCUGCACUGAGGCCGAGGAUCUGCUGACGUCAUUACCUCCUUCCCCUUGUGACGUCAUUACAUGUACUCCAGGUGACGGAGGGUUCAUCCUCCUGGACGACAGCACAGACCCUGACGAGACCUGCACUGAGGCCGAGGAUCUUCUGACGUCAUUACCUCCUUCCCCUUGUGACGUCACGUUUGUUGGUGAUAACGUCGUUAUCAAUGGAAAGUCCAACCUGAAGAAAAUGCCUAAGCCAGUCAAGUUGAGAAUCCAGUUCAAUGACGAGGCGACAACCAUGUUCGAGUACCCAUCUGAGGCGUCCCUGGUCGAGGAGGAGUUGAAAGCGAGUCGAGGGACGGAUGAGGGUGAUGCUGCUGAGGCUUCCUCGACAACUGCCUCGACUUCAACCUCAACCUCGACUUCUGGAGCACCAGGACUGUCUAUGUCUCUCGGAGGCAGUCUGGGGACGUACACACCUAAGCAAGUGUCAGCGAGUGAUUGGCAGUUUGGAGUGACUCCUGUAGCCCCUCCGCCCCCGGCAAACACCUCCGCCAACACUGAAGAAGACGAACACCUCAAGCCUGCCCCGCCCGAAGCUACAGUAGCUUGGAGUGAAGAUAUGGCUUCUGAUCUCUUAUUCUAGUGAAAAAGCAAACGUUAAAUUGUAUAUUUGUAAAAAUUUCCUAUAUAUUUAUUGAAGGCUCAAAGAGAUUUUGAUCAAUUUUAUAAUCUUGAAUGUUUCUUGUGAUUCGAUGUUUUGAAACGUUUACAUUGAUGUGUAGUUUGUGUAUUAGACUGGAUAUUUAUUUUUUUAAAUUUUUUCUCACGUUGAUAGUUUAUUUUUGCUUAGAGUUUUAUUUUCAAACUGUGAUCAUUCAUUAUUUACAGCAUGCUCAAGGUUUCAUGACAAAAGAUUUUUCUUGGGGUGAGAAUACGUACUUUUGGUUGAUUGUAAGUUUCCAAAAUUAAAUCAUUUUGAUGUGAAAAUCAUGAUAUUCAAUAUGAGAGAUUUUUACAAAAUGACAUUAAUGUCACAUGAAUCACAGUACGGUAAUACAAAUACAAUGUGAAGCCGUUAUAUUUAGUUUAACAAGAAAAAUGUCUUCUUUUAAUUUGCUCCCAAUCACUUUAUAACCUUAGUUCUAAGUUGAUUUGUAAAGUUUAAAACUUGACCAUUCCAUUAACUAAGCUUGAGCUUUCUAAGUGAAAAUAUAAUGUAUUACUAUUUUGUAUGUACUGUUUUGCUCAUAUUUUAUGGUAUCUGCCAUGAUUUAUAUGUAUUGAUAUAUUUGUAUGCAUGAUAGCAUGUUCAAUUAUUUGUGUAGGUGAUACAUUUAAUUUAUUCAGUAAAACAGCUUUAUUUGUAAGGAUGAUGUAGAAAUA